AUGGCAGAAACAUUUGGAAAAAUACUCAGACCAUUAUUACCAGAAACAAAGAACAUUGAAGAUCUUUCUCUUGCAGUCACAUCAAACACAAAAAGAGAUUCUAACACUACUAUGAAAGUAGUUACUUGGCCAGGCAAGAAAAAAUUAUCUAUUGAAGAUAUGCCAUUACCAUUAAUUACAGAUUCCAAAGAUACUAUUAUUAAAGUUACUAGUGUUGGAAUAUGUGGUUCUGAUCCACAUUUAUAUCAUGAAGAAUUCAGUGGUAUACAUCUAGGAGACGUUCUAGGUCAUGAGUUGAUGGGUAUUGUCGAAGAUAUUAGAAACGAUGUCAAAAAAAUAAAAAUUGGUCAACGUGUUAUUGUAAGUGCAGUCAUUUCUUGUGGUCACUGUGGUCAAGCACAAUUUACACGUGUUCCUUUUGCUGAUAUUAAUUUACUUACUGUUCCUGAUAAUGUCACUGACGAACAAGUUGUUCUGUUGUCAGAUAUAGCAUGUACUGCUUGGCAUGCUAUGAAAUUAGGUGAAGUUAAACAAGGACAAACUAUAGCAAUAUGGGAUUGUGGCCCUGGAGGACUUAUUGCUAUUAUGUGGGAUAAACUUCGAGGUGUUAAAAGAAUUAUUGCUAUUGAUCAUAUACCAAAACGAUUAGAAAAAGCACGUGAAUUAGAUACACAAAUCAUUAAUUAUGAUGAACAAUUAGUUAUUCCAACAAUGUUAAAAAUUUGUAAAGAUGGUCCAGAUGUAUGUAUUAAUACUACAGGUUUUCGUUAUGCAAAAGAAACAUUACAUAAAGUUGAACGUUUAUUAAGAUUAGAAACAGAUGCAAUAUCUGCAAUUAUUGAAGCUAUUUAUUUAGCUAAGAAAUUUGGUAAUAUUAGUGUUAUUGGUAAUUAUUAUGGUUUUACUAAUCAUUUUCCAAUUGGUGCAUUAUUUGAUAAAGGUAUUACAUUUCGUGCAGACGGAAAAGUUGAUUUAACUCAAGUUAUAACACAUAUUUUACCGUUAAAAGAAACUCUUCUUGGAUAUCAAUUAUUUGAUGAAAAAAAGAAUGAUUGUAUCAAAGUUAUUUUAAAAUCUCAUGUAGACUUCUUUCAAUAUAAACCAACUUAA